GGAUCGACGGCCGGCCGCAGUCGCGACACUCACCAGCCCGCGGCUCCACGCUCGCAGCUUAUACAUUUCGCCGGUCGAUAUCGCGAACCCAUACUAUUACGACGUUCUAUGUUACGAUUCCAUCAUCACUAUUAGACCACUGAGAGUGCUUAACUACUUCGUAUUUGGGUCAAAAAACUUGUCCGAUACUUUUCGCGAACAAAUCUGAUUCCCGGCUGGACACCAGCUGCAGUGCAUCAACGGUUAUUACAUUGACUUGCGGAUUGCAUUUUAUAUUGACACACUGAAGUGACAACAUGCCGGCCCCCACUGUGAACGGAUUGAACGGCGCGAGGCCGGAGGAUGACAUCGUGAUGACGGGGCUGUCGGGCCGGCUGCCGGAGUCCGACAGCAUCGAGGAGUUCGCCGCCAACCUGUUCGGGGGCGUCGACAUGGUCACCGCCGACGACCGCCGCUGGCCAAAAGGUCUCCAUGGGCUACCAGAGCGCAAUGGGAAGCUCAAAGAUUUGGCGCAUUUCGAUGCCACAUUCUUCGGCGUCCACGCCAAACAGGCGCAUCUGAUGGACCCUCAGCUGAGGCUGCUGCUGGAGCUGACGCACGAGGCCAUCGUCGACGCCGGCCUCAACCCCGCGGAACUGCGAGGAUCGCGCACCGGGGUUUACGUCGGCGUGUCCAACUCCGAGACCGACGAGAUGUGGACGCUCGACCCUGACAAGAUCAAUGGCUACGCGCUCACCGGGUGCUGCCGCGCCAUGUUCCCGAACCGCAUCUCGUACACGUUCGACCUGAAGGGGCCGUCGUACGCCAUCGACACGGCGUGCUCCAGCUCCAUGUUCGCGCUGUCGCAGGCGGUGGCCGCCAUGCGCGCGGGGCACUGUGACGCCGCCGUGGUCGCCGGCGCCAACUUGUGUCUCAAGCCCGGCAACUCCCUCAACUUCCACCGGUUGAGCAUGCUGUCCCCGGAGGGUCGCUGCGCGGCGUUCGAUGCGGAAGGACGAGGUUACGUCAGGUCAGAAGCGACGGUAGUGGUGCUUCUACAAAAACGAGCUGACGCUAGGAGAAUAUACGCCACAGUCCGUGGCGCUCGAAUGAACACAGACGGCUACAAGGAGCAAGGCAUUACGUUCCCCACGGGCGCCAUGCAGAAGCGGCUUGCGGAGGAAACUUUCGCGGAGGCUCGCUUGCGACCACAAGACGUUGCAUAUGUGGAGGCUCAUGGCACCGGAACUAAGGUGGGCGAUCCCCAGGAAGUAAACGCCAUAGCAGACCUUUUCUGCAAGGACCGCAAAACGCCUCUACUGCUGGGAUCGGUGAAGUCCAACAUGGGCCACUCGGAGCCCGCCUCGGGGCUGUGCUCUAUCGCUAAAGUUCUUAUCGCGAUGGAGCGUGGAGUCAUCCCCGGAAAUUUGCACUUCAAGUCUCCCAACCGUGACAUUCCUGCUUUAAAUGACGGAAGAAUAAAGGUGGUAGACACUAACACACCAUGGGAUGGCGGGCUCGUGGCAGUGAACUCGUUCGGUUUCGGUGGAGCCAACGCGCACAUCAUCCUGGAAUCAGAACGCAGCAAGCGGCCGAGAGUGACGCACAGCGGGGCGUUGCCGCGCGUCGUGGUCGCGUCGGGCCGCACGGAGGAGGCCGUGACGGCCUUGUUGCGGCAGGCUGCGGCUCACCGCGACGACGCCGAGCUCCACGCCCUGAUGGACGCCGUGCACGCGCAAAAUAUUCCCGGGCACUCGUUCAGGGGAUACUCCAUUCUUACUGAUACUCCGGUCGAAGAGAUCGUGGAGACAGAGGGCAGCGGCGAGAGGCGCCCGCUGUGGUUCGUGUUCUCCGGCAUGGGGUCGCAGUGGGCGGGCAUGGCGCGCGACCUCAUGCGCCUGCCCGCGUUCGCGGCCACCAUCGCGCGCGCGGCCGCCGCUCUGCGUCCUCAUGAUGUAGACCUCGUCCACAUCUUGACAGAGGCGCCCGAAAAGGCCUUCGAGGAAGUCAUCAACUCCUUCGUUUCCAUUGCCGCCGUGCAGGUGGCGCUUGUAGAUGUAUUGCGCGCGGUCGGGCUGCGGCCAGAUGGCAUUGUUGGACACUCCGUCGGAGAAUUAGGUUGUGCAUAUGCGGACGAGACUUUAACAGCAGAACAAGCGGUGCUCGCAGCCUACUGGAGAGGACGAAGUAUCGUAGACGCCAAGCUAGCUCCGGGCGCCAUGGCAGCCGUGGGGCUCACGUGGGAGCAGUGCGAGGAGCGCUGCCCGCCGGAAAUCGUUCCAGCUUGUCACAACGCCAACGACAGUGUUACAGUAUCCGGUCCUGUCGAAUCCAUUGAGAAAUUCGUUGCGUCAUUAUCAUCUGAGGGAGUGUUCGCUCGUCGCGUCAAUAGCAGCGGCGUGGCCUUCCACAGUAAAUACAUCGCGGCCGCGGCACCGCUCCUUCGGAAACGUCUCGAAACGGUCAUUCCCAACCCGAAACCGAGGUCGGCGAAGUGGAUCUCGUCAUCGUUGCCGCAAGACAAAUGGGACUCGGAAAUUGCGAAGCUGAGCAACGCGGAGUACCACGUGAACAACCUGCUGUCGCCGGUGCGGUUCGCGACGGCGCUGCGGGCGCUGCCGGAGCGCGCGCUGCUGCUGGAGGUGGCGCCGCACGCGCUGCUGCAGGCCGUGCUGAAGCGCGCGCUGCCGGCGCCGGCCGCGCACGUGGCGCUCGUGCGCAAGGACGCGCCCGACGCCGCGCUGCAUCUGCUCGCCAGCAUCGGCAAGAUCUACGCGGCCGGCGGGCAGCCUCGCGUGGGGCAGCUGUACGAGCGCGUGGAGUUCCCCGUCUCCCGCGGCACGCCGGGGCUGGCCUCCAGCGUCCUGUGGGACCACUCCACCGAGUGGAGCGUGGCGCACUUCGGCAACAACCAGCGCACGGGGGAGAGCGUGUUCGAGUUCGACCUGAACCGCGCCGAGGACGCCUACCUCGCCGGACACGAAAUUGACGGGCGCGUGCUGUUCCCUGCCACCGGCUACAUCAACCUUGUUUGGAGAACGGUAGCUAAAUUACAUAACAAAAAAAUCGAAGAAACCGCAAUAGUUAUCGAAGACAUGAGCUUAAAGCGCGCCACUAUCAUCAACAGAGAGACGCCAGUGCGCUUCCUCGUCAACAUCCUGGACGGCACCGGCGAGUUCGACGUGUGCGAGGGCGGCAGCGUCGCCGUCACCGGGAGAGUGCGGCUCGCAAAUGAACCGGCGAAAGAGUGGCUGAAUUCAGAUAUCCCAAAGGCGGCCGACGAGCCCGACCUGCUCCCGCUUACGCCGCAAGACGUUUACAAAGAAUUGAGACUGCGCGGAUAUAACUACAAAGAUCUCUUCCGGGGUAUUAAAAUCUCUGACGCACGAGGCACAGACGGCGAGUUAUUCUGGAAAGGCAACUGGAUCCCCUUUAUGGAUACCCUUCUUCAGUUCGGCAUCAUUAGUAAGCAGACUCGCGAGCUCUGCUUGCCGACACGCAUCCAGCGCGUGCUGAUAGACCCGGCGGCGCAGCAGGCGGCGCUGGCCGCGGCCGACCCCGCCGCGCCGGCGCUGGCGGUGCGCCGCUGCAAGGACACCGACAUCACCGUCUGCGGCGGCAUCGAGUUGCGCGGCGUCAAGACGAGCCUCGCCCCGCGCCGCAUCAACCCGCAGGCGCCACCCAAACUGGAGAAGUACGUGUUCCUGCCGUACGACAACGCGAACAUCGGCACGGAAGACACCUCGCGCUCGAAACGGGACGCACUGACUGUGAGCCUUCAAAUUUUGCUCGAGAACGCGGGCACGUUACGACUGAAGCUAACCGAGGCAGCCUUGGAGCGGCCGGCGGAGGGGUUGUUGACCCCGCUGGCCGUGCAAGCGCUGGAGGCCGAGCCGCAGGUGCGCGUGGAGGCGAGCGUGGCCGCUGGAACCAAUACGGCAGCGUACAACGCAGCAUUGCAGGAAUAUGGGGUUAAGGUGACAUCGAAAAAUAGUUUAGAAGCGGCUCCAGACAGCGACUGCCACCUGGUGCUGGCGACGGACGUGUUAUCGCGGCACGGCGCCGCCGUGCUCGGUAACCUGGUGGCCGCGCUCGGCGCUGGCGGCAUGCUGCUGCUGGAGGAGCCGCACGGCGCCCUGGACGACCGCGCCGCCGCCGACAUGCUGGCGCGCGCCGGCCUCGUGCUCGUCUCCCGUCAGGUCACCGCCACCUGCGACUAUAUCAUGUUGCGCCGCAAAGUCACGCUUCCUAAGGAACAGGUCGUCAUCGAGAUCGGAGAAGACGACGAGUACAAUUGGGUGGAGCCCCUGCGCGAGGCGAUGAAGCGCGCUGAGAGCGAAGACAUGCGCAUCUACGUGGUGUCGCGCGCGGCCAGCAGCGGCGUGCUGGGGCUGAGCACGUGCCUGCGCGGCGAGCCCGGCGGCGGCGCCGUGCGCGCGUUCCUGUUGCCGGGCGCCGCCCACGCCGUCACCGCGCCCGCUUACAGCGCGCAGCGGGACAAGGACCUCGUGUCCAAUGUGCUGCGCGCUAAUGUCUGGGGCAGCUACCGACAUCUGCUACUCAAUGACUCCACCGAACCUCAGCUACAGGUGGAGCACGCCUACGUCAACACGUUAGCUCGCGGCGACUUGUCCUCGCUGCGCUGGAUAGAGAGCCCGCUGCGGUUCGCGGGCGAGCAGCAGCGGGGGCCGGGCUCCGAGCUGUGCCACGUGUACUACGCGCCGCUCAACUUCCGCGACGUCAUGCUGGCCACCGGCAAGCUGCCGCCCGACGCGCUGCCCGGCAACCUCGCCGGACAGGAAUGCAUACUGGGCCUGGAAUUCAGCGGCCGCUCCUCGUCAGGCAAGCGCGUGAUGGGCAUGGUGGCGGCCCGCGGGCUGGCCACUACUGUCGCCGCGGACAAGGGCUUCCUGUGGGAGGUGCCCGCCAAGUGGACGCUGGAAGAAGCCGCCACGGUCCCCGUCGCCUACGCUACGGCCUACUACGCGCUGACAGUCCGCGGGCGCAUGCGCAGCGGAGAGUCCGUGCUGAUCCAUGCGGGCACGGGCGGCGUCGGGCAGGCGGCCAUCGCCAUCGCUCUGCACGCGGGCUGCGAGGUGUUCACCACCGUGGGCACGCCCGACAAGAGGGCCUUCCUCCGCCAGCGCUUCCCGCAGCUGGAAGACGCCAACAUCGGCAACUCCCGCGACAUCUCGUUCGAGCAGCUCGUGCUGCGACGCACUCGCGGCCGCGGAGUGGACCUCGUGCUCAACUCGCUGGCGGGAGACAAACUGCUGGCCUCGGUGCGCUGUCUGGCGGAGGGCGGACGGUUCCUCGAGAUCGGGAAACUCGACCUCUCAGAAAACACGCCCCUGGGCAUGUCCAUCUUCCUGAAGAACACGACGUUCCACGGCAUCCUGCUGGACGCGCUGUUCGAGGCGGGCGGCGAGCACCCCGAGAAGGCGGCCGUGUGCCGCUGCCUGAGCGAGGGGCUCGCGAGCGGCGCCGUGCGGCCGCUGCCGGCCACCGUGUACGGCGACCAGCAGCUCGAGGCGGCCUUCAGGUACAUGGCGACGGGCAAGCACAUCGGCAAGGUGGUGCUGCGCGUGCGCGACGAGGAGCCCGGCGCCGCGCCCGCGCGCCCCUCCGCCAAGCUGCUCUCUGCCAUUCCCCGCACAUACUUCCAUCCUGCCAAGAGUUAUGUCUUAGUGGGUGGCUUGGGCGGGUUCGGGCUGGAACUGGGCACGUGGCUGAUAAAGCGCGGAGCCACCAAGCUGCUGUUCAACUCGCGCGGCGGCGUGCGCACCGGCUACCAGGCCUGGUGCAUCAAGAGAUGGCGCGAAGAGGGCGUAUCUGUGGCGGUGUCAAAGACUGACGCGACGACGGUGGCGGGGGCGAAGCAACUGCUGCGAGAGGCGGGCGCGCUGGGGCCCGUCGGCGGCGUUUUCAACUUGGCCGCCGUACUGCGAGACGCCUACCUCGAGAACCAGACGCCCGCUGAUUUCAAGAUCGUCGCCAAGCCUAAAGUUGACGGCACGAAAGCCCUCGACCAGGCGACCCGCGAGCUGGCGCCCGAGCUGGACUACUUCGUGGCGUUCUCGUCGGUGUCGUGCGGGCGCGGCAACCCCGGGCAGACCAACUACGGGUUCGCGAACUCCGUCAUGGAGCGCGUCUGCGAGCAGCGCCAGGCGGACGGGCUGCCGGCGCUCGCCGUGCAGUGGGGCGCCAUCGGCGAGGUGGGGCUGAUCGUGGAGACCAUGAACGACGACGCGGUGGUGGGCGGCACGGUGCCGCAGCGCAUCGCGUCGUGCAUGGAGGCGCUGGGCGCGCUGCUGGCGCGGCCGCACGCGGUGGCGGCCUCCAUGGUGCUGGCCGACAAGAGGCGCGCCGGCCAACAGCCGCAGCAGGACGUCGUGCACGCCGUCGCUAACAUUCUCGGCAUCAAGAACCCUAACAAGACUUCCGACUCGGCAAGCUUGGCCGAGCUGGGCAUGGACUCGCUGAUGGGCGCGGAGAUCAAGCAGACGCUGGAGCGCAGCUACGACCUGGUGCUGGGCGUGCAGGAGAUCCGCACGCUCACGUUCGCCAAGCUGCGCGAGCUCACCGGCGGCGAGCCGGGCGCGGCGCCGGCGCCGGCCGUCCGGGAAGAAGUCCCAGAACCCGGACCGGGGGAUCUGGUGCAGCUCGCCACGCUGGGAGAGCUGAUGCCCAAACAAGUGCUAGUCAAGCUGCCCAGCGCGCCCGCCAAGAGCAAUCUGCACCCAGUAUUCAUGAUUCACCCGCUGGAGGGCGUGGUGGACCUGCUGCGGCCGGUGGCGGCGGCGGUGCGCGGCACGGUGUACGGGCUGCAGUGCACGGCGGGCGCGCCGCUGGCCGACAUGGCGGCGCUGGCGCGCUUCUACCUGGCGCACGUGCGCUCCGUGCAGCCCGCGCCGCCCUACACGCUGCUCGGCUACUCCUUCGGCGCCGGCGUCGCCUUCGAGAUGGCGCUGCAGCUCGAGAAGGAGGGCUGCGAGUCCCGCGUGUUCAUGGUGGACGGGUCUCCAGCGUACGUGGCCAUGCACACCAACCUCGGCAAGAGCAAGACGUCCGUCCGCACCAAGGCCAGCGACGAGGCGGACGCCCUGGCCGUGUUCGUGCAGCUGUUCAAGGAGGGCGACCUCACCAAGCUGUCAGCGGAGCUAGAAAAACUCCCGAACUGGGAAGCACGAGUGAGCCGAGUGCAAUCGGAGCUGGAAGGCGUAACGCCGCACACGGCCUCCGCCAUCGCCGCCGCGGCCGCCUCGUUCUACCGCAAGCUGGCCGUCGCCGACACCUACAAGCCGAGCGGGCGCAUCUCCGCGCCGGUGACGCUGUUCCGCGCUCGCGACAACUACGUGCUGACGGUGGGGGAGGACUACGGCCUGCGGGCCCUGUGCGCGGGCCCGCUGUCGCUGCAGCAGCUGCCGGGCACGCACCGCUCCGUGGUGACGGGCGCGCCGGCGCUCACCAUCGCGCAGCACCUCAACGACACGCUCGCCGCGCGCUAACGACUGAUCCAGUGCAAUACUAGAGACGCCCAUGCCAUAUAGAAUAUAUAGUGACCAAACAAAAGACUCGGUAAACUUAGAAAACGAAACUCGAAGUUAAAAUAUCUGAAGUGCAUGUGAAAAGAUUCCAGUAGCUAGAUUUUUACGAGUUUCGUAUUCUAACAUUUCUAUUAGUAAUGUAAGUAAAUAAUAAUGAGUAUACUAGUGACAUGAUAUCAUAUACACAAAUAGUACGCAGUGUAGCCCGUACACGUGAGGUGAGACUCUGGCGCGACGAGCCCGGUGCGGGGCGCGACUUGCAACGCGCGGCAAGUCGCGUCGCGUCGCGUCGCAUACAUAGCGCUAUGUAGCAACGACGCGGGCGCGCCUUUCUUACUUAGUGUCUUCAUAUUUUGUACUUUUAUUACCUGUAGAUAUUUUUUUACUUAUAUACUCUUUUAGAUAGUACUAAAGGCCUCUCUAUUAAGUACCGCGGGUAUAUUAUAUGUAACUUAGUUAUAAAAAAGGGUCGAAUACUGUACAUAUACGAUAUAUUUAUUAGCGAGCAGAGCUCGCGCUGUGAUACCGACAUUCCACAUCACGAGGUAGUGUAGCAGGAAGUAGUGUAGUCGAUGUGUGGUUGUUGUGGUAAUUUAUUUGUUACUGACGGAACGUCAGCGCGCUGUGAUUAAAAGUGCAUUAUUUUUA